AUGGAUAGAAAUGAUCCUUUUCCAAGAAGUCCUAAGAAAAAGGUAAAACGAGAGAGAAGAAAAGCAUUGAAGCUUUGGAACUCACUAUUGAGUUGGCUAUUCUCGUUAUUACUUUUUGAGUAUGAGGAGAACUUCAUCAGCGAAAGAUAUCUGAGGAAAGAUGGCAGUAAGAGCACAACCAACUCAAUCUCUCAACCAGGACCACCACAGAUUUCAUAUUAUGAACUUUUACAUGCAACAAACUGGUUCAGCGAAAGCAAUUUGCUUGGCAAUGGGAGUUUCGAAUAUGUUUAUAAGGGGAUAUUUCAAGGCGGUACCACUUUUGCAGUAAAGGUGUUAAAUUUGCAACAAGUUGCAUCCAAGAGUUUCGAUGCAGAAUGUGAAAUAUUGAGAGACCUUUGCCAUUGGAAUCUCACAAAGGUCAUAACUGGCUGUUCCAGCAAUGAUUUCAAAGCUUUAUUAUUAGAGUACAUGCCAAAUGGGAACCUUAAGAAGUUGCUAUACUCUGACAACCAUGCUUUAGAUAUAAUGCAAAGACUGAAUAUUAUGAUAGAUGUGUCUUACACAUUACAGUAUCUUCAUCAUGGUUAG